AUGAGACUGUGGACUCGACCCGUCGCCCUCAAAACUCCUUGCGUGAGAACCCUAGAGCCGUAUCACCUUCGCCAACAGGCACUAUCGACUGCAAUAGAUGCAAAUACCCAAAAUCUACCACUGGCUGGGUUACGCAUUUUGGAUCUCUCACGCGUGCUCGCCGGUCCGUUCUGUACCCAAAUCCUCGGGGACUAUGGGGCGUCUGUCUUGAAAAUAGAACAGCCACAUCUGGGCGAUGAGACGCGGAGUUGGCGUGCUCCCAAGGAGGCGCAAAUGUGGAAGGACGAUGCCUGCAACAUGAGUCUUUACUUCUCGGCUGUUAACCGCAACAAACGCUCAAUGACACUCAACCUCAAGUCGCCGGCCGGAGUUGAAAUUGCCAAAAGGCUGGCUCGGGAGAGUGACGUUCUCAUCCACAACUUCCUGCCGGGAAGAGCUGAAACAAUGGGGCUGGGAUAUGAAGAAUUGAAGAAAGACAACAAGCGCCUUAUUUACACAUCGAUCUCUGGGUACGGCACCAACGGACCCAAUAGAUCCCGCCCUGGAUACGACGCAAUUGCACUGGCGGAAUCAGGCCUUCUCCAUGUCACCGGAGAGAAGGGAGGCCCGCCCACGAAGCCCGGGGUUGCCAUUGCGGACAUGUGCACCGGCCUUCACGCACACGGAGCCAUUUUGGCUGCGUUGGCACAGAGGCAGAGCACCGGCCUUGGAACUAAGAUUGAAGGGAGUUUAUUUGAAACGGGCCUCAAUCUUCUCAUCAACGUGGGCGUCAACGCCUUGAACCUGGACACAAACGGUGCCCCCGAGGAACGACGACGAGGGCAACGCUGGGGCUUAGAGCACCCCAGCUUGGUCCCCUAUGGUGGCUUUAAAACACAGGACGGCAAGACGAUCUUUAUUGCCGCGAACAAUGAUCGCCAGUGGAAAAUACUGUGUGAGAGAAUCAAUCUCGCCCAUUUGCUGCAGGAUAUCAGAUUCAGUACCAACGACGGGCGUCUGAAAUGUCGCCACGAGAUCAACCAAAGUGUGCAAGAAGCAAUCAAGAAGCGAACCAAAGACCAAUGGUUUCAGCAGUUCGAGAAUAGCGGUCUUCCUUACGGAGUAAUCAAUGAUGUGGUGGAGGCCCUCGAGAGCCCUCAAUCGACAGCGCGAGAUAUGGUUAUAGAUGUUUCCGACUUCGAAGCGUCCAGAGAUGGAAAUCUGAAGCUAAUUGCCCCAGCAGUCAAGUUUGCAAACGCGCCAAUGGGGGUUAGGUUAAACCCGCCAGAGCUAGGACAGCACACCGCUGAGGUUCUCAGUGAGCUUGGAUAUUCUGCUGUUGAGAUCAAGGGUUUGAGGCAAUCCGGUGCAAUCUGA